CUAAAAUUUCAGUCCAAAGACUCCAGAACCUUCGCGAUAAUAAAGCCACUUCCACCUCGCCAGCACCCAUAUCCACCGCUACAACUUCCGCCCAUUGUCUUUGAAUUGUUUUCUCUCCCACACCAAUCUCACCAAAAACUUCACAAUGUUCCGCCAGGCUCUCUCUACUUCCUCCCGCGCCCUGCGUGCCGCCCCCAGAGCUGCUGCUACCCGAUCCUUCGUGCAGUCGCAAUUCCAGUCCGCCCCCGCAUUCACCCUACGAGCUGCCCAGCCCACUGUGGCACGAUGGUACAGCGAUGCGAAGGAGUCCGAGACUGCGAAGCCCGCUGAGGAGGCCAAGGAGGCUAAGGAUGCCAAGGAGGCCAGCACCGAGCCCGAUGCUGUCGCCGAGCUGAAGAAGGCUCUCGAGACCAAGGAUGCUGAGGCCCGAGACUGGAAGGACAAGUGCCUCCGCACCGUCGCAGACUUCCGCAACCUCCAGGAGCGCACCCAGCGCGAGGUCAAGACCGCCCGCGACUUCGCCAUCCAGAAAUUCGCGAAGGACCUCGUCGACAGCGUCGAUAACCUUGACCGUGCCCUGAACAUGGUCCCCCAGGAGAAGCUGAACGCCGAGGACCGCCCCGAGCACCUCCAGGAUCUCGCCAACUUGUACGAGGGCCUCAAGAUGACCGAGGACAUCCUCAUGAGCACCCUCAAGAAACACGGCCUCGAGCGACUGAGCCCCGAGGGCGAAAAGUUCAACCCCAACGAGCAGGAGGCCACCUUCAUGGCCCCCCAGGCCGACAAGGAGGAGAACACCGUCUUCUUCGUUCAGCAGAAGGGCUUCAAGCUCAAUGGCCGGGUGCUGCGCGCCGCCAAGGUCGGUGUUGUUAAGAACACCUAAGCGCAUGUCGCCAAGUCAUGAAUCACGUGUAAUACUAUGGGAUACCGGUUGGCGUUGGCUUAAAGGGUAUAAUGCUCCUCUCAUGAUGGUCUUUUUUAGUUGCAUGGCGGGUACAAUUACCUUGGACACGAAAAGUUUGAGUGUGGGAACCUUGUACAGAAUACAUGUAUAACAUACAAAGUUGGAGCGGACGGGAAGCCGCUCCUAAUAUAUGGCCCUAAAAGCCUUGUGUAU